GAUGCGCUUUCUGUAAUAAACCGAUAUGGCACCGCCAUCAAUACAACAUCGUCGCACGCACAAUCUACUGUUAAUCUCCAAAUUGCUCAACCAACGCGAUGCAGCAUCGCCUUUCACGUUGGUUCUCGAUAGCCUUGAGCAAUCGGCGAGGCCGCUAUUAGUCGAACAGAUCAAGCGCGCGAAUGCGGCGAAAGUUUCAGUGAUUUUCGUGUCGUUUGAAACACUCCGAAAACCUCACGCCGUCGAGCAUUUUGUCGAGGCUUGGAAACAGACCCCGCAAGCAUGGCAGAAAAAUUUAAACGCUCUCGUGAAGAGUGCUCAGACUCAGAGGGUAUCAUUGAUUUUCGAUAACAUCAAUGCACUGAGUGCUGCCGUGAACAUAAACUUGCCGGGCCUGCUCUCGAGUUUCAUAGCACCGACUAUCUCGCUCACAGCUGUGUGUCACCUCGAUGUAUCACCGUUGGUCAAUGGUGAUAGGACAGUCGAUGCAUAUUCUCCGUCUCCCUUGACGCUACUGAGAUAUCUGGCGACAACUGUGAUUACAGUGCACUCGUUACACCACAUUCUCGUCGCGAAAGCUGCACGAGAAAGAAGCCACCCUGAGCCUGUUCAUGGGCUUGAAGAAGGCCUUGAUGGUGUUGUGCAAGGUCUGGGGGCUAACGACACUGAUGGCGUGGUCCUCGAGCUGGAAUACCGUCGGCGCAGUGGACGUGGAGUGCGUGCAUGGUACGUUCUCCCGCUAGGCACCAGCAAACAAAAGAUUGGGCCUGUCGAUUCAGGCAUAUCGCGGGAGCAGAUAAUCCUCCUCGAGGACCAUCCAGCGUAUCGUUCCAACCAGACAUCAGCGGAGGAUGCUUCAUCCAAUGAUGACCCAGCUGGUGUCACUUUCGAACUUGGACUUACGCAGAAGCAACGAGCCGACCGCGAAGGAGUCGUCUUGCCAUAUUUCGAUGCCCAAAAGGGCGGAGGUGAGGGAGGGAGAAUACUGUACGACAUGGGUGAAGUUGACGAUUUUGAUGAAGAAGAGGAUGAGAUAUGAGUGUCGCUAAGGGGAAAAUUGAGGAUGCACUCUUGAAAAGUUUGACAAAGCAAUACGAGCUCAAACGACAACAGGCAGCGUGUGCAGGAAAGCAUUUUCCUGCUUUGGCAUUAUUAUAAUAUAUUGCUCAUCGUUGAAGUUGCAAGGCCGAAAUUGGAACCAGAGAUCAAACCCUCC